AUGAGCAAUAUAAAUGAUAAUAAUAUUCAAAACAGCGAUGUAAAGGAAAUAAAAAAUGAUGAAUAUAUGGGAGAAGGGUAUUAUAAUACACAUAAUGAAUGUGAGGGUUUUGAACAAAACAAUUAUAUGAAUAAUAAUGAAAUCAAUAUGGUAGAUGGAAAACAUGAUAAUAGUGAUGAUAAUAUAAAUAAUUCCAUGGGAGGGAUAACACAUAUGGGACAUGUGAAUGAGUAUAAAAAAAUAAAAUCAUUUUGUAAGUUAAGAAGGAAAUUUGUAUAUAUAAGGAGAACGGGUUAUAAUUCAUACAUAUAUAAUAGAAAGAAAAAAAAAAAUAAAAAUAAAAUAGAGACUGAAAGGAAUGUAGAUGAAAUGUAUAAUAUGAAUAAUAACAAUAAUAAUAAUCAUAACAACAACAACAAUAAUAAUAAUAAUAAUAAUAAUAAUAAUAACAGAUAUAAUAAUAAUAUUAAUUGUUUGGAUAAUUUUAGCGAUUUAUUUUUAAAAUUUAUAAAACAAUUCAUUGAUCAUAUAAAUGUACAUUUGAAUAAUGUAAAAAAUUAUUAUCGAAAUUAUGUGUGUAAUGAUAAUAUGAAAUAUGUAUUUUAUUUAUUUAUUAUAUAUAUGUUGUUAAAUAUUAUGAUUAUCUUUUUUUCGAUGUUUGUAUAUUUCUUUGUAUAUUUUUAUUUUAUCCCACAAAAUAAGUAUGUAUUUCCUAUAGAUUUUUCAUUGGUAAAAAAUCCUAUAGAAGAUUAUUUACAAAACGAAAAAAGAUAUAACAUUAUGAAUAAAAUGAAUAAUAUGGACAAUAUGGAUAAUAUGGAUAAUAUGAAUCAUAUAAAUUAUAUGAAUAACAUGAAUCAUAAUAAUAAUAAUAAUAAUAAUAAUUGUAAUAUAAAGAAUAAUUGUAAUAAUAUUAAUAUGAUGAAAAAUUUUGAUAAGUCUAAUUUCAAUGAGUCAGAAGAUUUCUAUAUAAAAUAUUUCGAUUCUUUAAAAGUGGAUAUAUUAAAUAGCAUUAAAAAUAAGUUCAAUUGUUGCUGCUCUCAUGAAUGUAAUUGGUUUAAUAAUAUAUUAUAUGAUAAGGAUUAUAAUUAUAAUUAUGAUUACAAUUAUAAUAGAAUUGAUGAGGAAAGCAGGAAAAGAAAUGAUUAUUUAUAUAAUAAUAAAUUAAAAGGUUUUUAUAAAGAUUUUCAAAAUAAUAUUUUAAGAGGUCAUAUACUAUUUCAAAAUAAAUUAUAUUAUUCAGAAAAAGAAGAGUUUUAUAAGAAUUUCAAUCCUUUUAAUUUUAUAUUUUUUUUUAAGAAAAGAACAGGAAAAGAUAAUUUACUUAAUAUAAAGAAAGGAUAUAAAAUUGAUAUAUUUUUAAAUUUUUCUUAUAUGAAUAAUGAAUAUAAUGACAAAUUUAAUUUUAUUCAAUUAGUUACUGAAAUUUUUAAUAAAAAUAAUAAUGUAAUGUUUAGAAAUGAAAAAUUAUAUAUGAAUAAUAAUAAUUAUGAAUUUAUAAAGAAAUUACAUUUAUUUUUAAAUGCUCCUUUUUAUUUUUUUAAUAUGUUUAAUAAUAAAACAAAAGAAAUUCGAUUAGUACAUGAUUAUAAAUAUACGACGAAUUUUUAUAAAAUUCAAAUAUAUAUAUACCCACCGAUACAAAUACAUAAAGCUUCUAUCGUUAUUCUUGUCUACGUUAAUUUUAUAUAUUAUUACAUGUAUAAUUAUCCUUUUGUGUUCUUUUAUAUUUUUGUUUUUUUCUUGAGCUUCAUCUUGAUAUUUUUCAACACUAUCCUUUUUUUUAUAUUGAGUUGUUAUUAUUAUUUUAAAAACGGAUUAUAA